AUGUGGUGUUGGCUGCAGACAUUCCUAGCUGGAGAAGAAUGCGAGACAACUCCAGCAGAGGUCGCAGAUCAACUCAACGAUUCGGAGCACUGUUCCCAGAUUCUGACUGCCUGGAAAGCUCUUGCAGAGGAGGCGACCCGAUCACUGCGAGAACUCGUUGACAAACUAGUCAAGGCCUUGAAGGAGUUUGAGAGGGCUGCCAUCAUAUUGCCCAUUGCGGCCAAGAUGACUCAAUUCAGACAAUCUCCAAUGCCAGGUUUCGAAACCAACAGCCGACUCCUCUACUCAGAGAUCUGGGAGUACAUUAUCUCGGGCCAGCUGGAGGAGAUACUUGCCAUGCCACUCAGCCAACGAUCAUAUCAGAGCCUGCUGACUGGGGUUGCUGACCACCGAGCGGCGUAUAUGGUGCGACAGGCGGAAGUCGAUCGAGUGUUCCGCGACUCGAUCAUCAGCUACCAGGAAGUGCGCAGGGACCCCAGGUUCCUUGUAGCUUUUGCACUUCCGAAGAUUCUUGCCCUCGAUAUGGAUGUUGCUGCAGUGGACGCCUUAAGGGCUGAGGACUUCGCCUGGCCUGGUCGAGAGUGUCUGCUAAUGAGGUGGUUCCGUACAACGAACCGGCCGGAGCAGCUGGUUGCGCAAGAGACUGAGCUGGGCAUCACGCAUUUGUUUGAAACAAUGUCAAUUUAA